CUCUCCUGAAAUGUGUUUACUGGAGUCGGACAAUAGAUUUACUGGGGGCAUUCUAUCUAACGUUGAGCUUUUUAGGUGUUUGGAAAUGUUAAACUUGUCUAAGAACUCUCUGGAUGGAUUUAUUCCGGUGAGUGUUGGUGAGCUGAAGAAGGUUGGUAUUCUUGAUUUCAGCUAUAAUCUACUGAGUAGUACCAUUCCUUCUGAAAUCGAGGAUGCAGUUGCUUUGAGGGAGUUGAGGUUGGAGAAGAAUUCCUUGUCCGAGAAAGUUCCUUCCCAUAUCGAAAAGUUUUCAUCUCUAAGCAUCCUGAUUGUGUCAUAGAACAAGCUAGAAGGUCCACUUCCUGCAACCAUGGCUAACCUCACCAACCUCCAGAUUGUGGACUUAUCUUUGUAUAGUCUGAUAGGAACCUUGCCUAAGCAGCUU